CUCUUAACAGGUAUUGAAACGGCUGUGAACGGUUUGUUCCCGAGCACAAAGACGACAUCUCUUCCAUCUGGAGAGGCCGCAAUGGAAAGCAACUCAGGGGAAAGUGUGACCCCUGACCUCAGUGCCUCUGAACAUUCAUUUCUCCUUCACAAACCACGCAUUUCUGCAUAUGUGCGAGACAAGCCAGUGUCCACCAACACAAAGCUGUUUUCAGUGUUGGCCUUGCUGAACGCACACGAUCCGGAGUUCAAGUUGGACUUUCGAGACUGUCAACAAAUCCUCGGGCCGCCUGAUCCCAGCCGUGGAGAGCCUCCCUUUGAGACAAGAAUGGAGCCUUUUUCCUGCUUCAUCACGGUGUCCAGUCACGCCGUGCAUGUGAUAAACACAGAUGUGGCCAACAGCUGUUUGGAGCUACUAGCUGACCUGAACAUUAGCAAAAAUGCUAUAGUGAAGGAUUGCAUAGAAUUACUUUGUGGGGAUAAAGUCCAACCGCAUACAGUCAGUUCCCUCAGAAAUGUACUGACAGGGAGCAAUGUGGUGGAAAACAGCAAAGAUGUCUCCUUACGCCUGACUAAAGAAAUCACGGGGAAAGAGAGCAUGGCGCUGCAAACGACGACUACAGGAAGUAGCUCAGAAAGAACUGUGACUUCGAAUAUGAAUGUGACGUCAUUUCUAGACUUCUUUUUCUGUCUUUUUAAAUCAGACAUAUUUGUAUACGUUGAAAACUGCCCAGAUUCCGACAACACAAAGUUGUUCUCUAUCUUGGCGCUGUUGAGCGCGUAUGUUCCAAACUCCUACCUGCUCAUGCAAAAGUGCCAGGAGAUCCUCGACGAUUCUCCACUUGAAGAAAAAGCGAAGCCAUUCCUCAGUCUCAACAGAGACUCCGGUCAAGGUGUGUGCAUGAUUCACCCGGAUAUUGCAAAUAGAUCUUUGGAGCAACUGGCUGCCCUGGAGAUUUCCAGAAGUUCCAUCGCAUCCAACUGUGUAGUUUCACUUUGCGGAGACCAAGCCCAACCUGGCAUAGUCAAAUUGAUGAAAGAACUACUGACACAGAGAGAAAAGAAUGAGAACAGCAAAAGGAUGUUCUCAACGUUGAUAGAAGACAUAUUGACAAUGGAGGGUUCUGCUGAAGCUCUUGAUGUACUAAAACAGGCUUCCCAGAUAUUUCAAGACAAGUUCAUCUAUCCUCAAACAAUUGCUCGCUUGUAUUACCAACAUGACAUAGACUAUAAAGAAGCAGAAGAAUGGGCACAAGAAGCUAUCAGUAGAGAUUUGAAAAACUCUUUUACUGCUGACACCCUUGGACAGGUGUAUAAGAACUGGUUAAGAAAGAAAAUCACAUCACCUAGUGACGUAAAUGAUAUGGCAGAGAAAGCCAUUGAAGCCUUCAGAAAUGUGGAGAAGAAAGCUGAGAAUGAAUGUGCUGACGAAACAAAUUUGUUCAACAACCGAGGAAAAUUUGGUUUUAUUCAAGUAGCCAAGAUAGUUGCUGAGAAACAUAAACGUUGCAAUCCAUUCAGGGAGAAACUAAAAUCUAAAGUAAUAGACAAGUUUGAGUUUUUUGAACAGUAUCUCAGCUACUCCAACCUUGGCAAGCCUCACAAGACAACCGUGGAACCAGAUUACAUUUGGAGAGAUGUUGCCUCUUGCUAUCAACAAUACACAGCAGAAGACGCAGCUAACUCCACCAGCUUCCCAGCUCUUCUCAGUUGUCUGAAUCACGGCCUUUUCGUGUCGAAGGAAAAACGAGCCUUCAAGUUUGGGGUGACAGAGAAAACACGGCUGCAGUUGGAGCAAACUCGAGAUUAUUUAAAGGCUACUUAUAAGAAAAAUGUAAAUGAUGUCAAAGUGGCAGAGAGGUACAUCCUUUCAAACAUCAUCCUGAGCAACAAGGAUCCCCACUCUCCUCAACGCGGCCUGGUUAGAGAACUUCAGGCAAUACUUAAGAGACACAUGCUUACUGUGGUGACACAAAGACACCCAGAGUUUUACCUUUUGGUCCUGCUGUUGUUCUGGCCAGAGGAACAGCUUCGAGACCAAACUUUGGAGGAAGCAAACACAGGAAAAGAAUCUGAACAGCCAUCUUCUGGUCUGAGCUGUGACCUGGAAGACUGUGUCGCCCUAAUGGACAAGGCCUAUCUCGAAGUCUACGACAAGUACCUUCGAGGUCGUUACCUGUUGCCACUGUUUUUUCUAGGGAAGGGCUCUGGACUUAGCAGAUGGAUCCACAGGUCUAGACUGGAUGCAGCGGUGGAACGCGUGGUGGCAGCAGAGCUUGGCAACGUCCCAAACAAAAACGGAGUGAAAAGAAGGAAAAUCAAUAAGAUGUGGACGAGUUGGAAGGCGUGGCAGCUGCCACAAGUCCAAGAGAUGCUUCAGCCAGUCCCCCUGUCAGAUGUGACUUUUACAAUGAAGCCGAAGGUUGUGAUUGUUACUGUUGGGGGGAAGAAAGUGCAAGCCAGAACAGAGUGUAAAUCUAGCACUCCGGCACAGAGCCCCGUGUAUUUUUAUCUUGGCUUGGACAUCAGGGGUCCUGUCGUCUUCAAAGUGCCAGCUGCAGGAGGAACCUUUAAGGGCCCCUGAAGACGUCAUGAAGGUUCCCAUACAAAGCGACAAGGCGACAAAACAAAACACUGUUGCUUUUGAAUGAGAAAACAUUAUUCAAACAUGUCUUUUUUAAAAAAAAAAGAAUAUCCUACAUAUUUCUGAUGUUAGUUUUUUUAAGUCACAUGACUAAAAAUGUUAGUGACACAGUGUGUGUUACGCUUUGACUUUUGAUAAGCCCAACGAGUGUGUUAAACAGCUUGUGUUAUUGCUAAUCUAUCAUGCAUGAAUUUCAUGCUCAUGUUUUUGGUCUGGACUGCUUGGAAGUUGAUUUGUUCCAUAAAUCUGAGUUGUUCAUUAAGUAAAUAAUAAUAAUAAUAAUAAUAAUAAUAAUAAUAAUAAUAAUAAUAAUAAUAACAAAAUACUGGAUCUUUGUGUGUUAUUACCUUAAGUAUGAAAGAUUUUUUUCCUUUUCAAAAUGUUAUGGGUGGUUCAGUGUUCAUAUUAUAAAACAUUGCAUACCUUUUGUUUUAGUAUCUUUAUACAGAAAGGCAAAUAAUCACACAGAGUAAAUCAUAAAAUAAUCAUCAAUCUAAGAUAAUCAGUUGUGCCAGCAUCUAUAAAUUCAAUAAAUCAUUGAACGGACCUCUUUUAUUACUUAUAAUUUAUGUUUCUGAAUUGAUGGUGUCCAGGAACAUUCGGUUUGCGAUCCAUCACUUCCUGUUUCCCUGGAUGUAAAUAAGAUGCUCAUACUCCUCUCUCCACUGGCAUUUCACCUCAUGUA